AUGCCAGCAGCCAACAACAUCGCCUUCACGGCGCCCAUCAACCCAUCCGGCGCAUCCCCAGUCCUGACAUACGCUCAGAUCUGGCAGGGCCUUGAGAAGAAGGUUCGCGCAGGUCAAGACUUCGUGGGCGGCGCCAUUACCUCAACCGAUGUGAUCUCAACAUCGAAGACCAAACACGGUAACGACGUCACAGUGCGGGAAGUCGUCUUCCGCGACGGCGGCCGCCGUGUGCGCGAAGAGUGCAUCGCCUUCCCACCGAUGAAAGUCGAGUUUCAUCAACCCAACGGCAGCACAGUCCAAAACGUGGUCAGCGAAGAUGGGGACGGAAACCUUCACAUGACAUAUACUUUUGAGUGGCUACAUCCGGAGCUCGAGGGAGACGAGUCCGGUCUGGCCGCAGCAAAGGAUAAAGAAUUCAGCGUCGCAAAGAUGGCUGUCAAUAAGUCCAUCGAGACCAUAAGGGAGAUGGUCAAGGAUGGAAGAAUUAAAUGA